UCUAAAUAACCAAUCGAUACUCUCCCUUUUCCACAAAAUCCUCUGGAAAUUGCCUGAACUUGUAUCAAUGCUGCCUGAACCUGAACUCGCAUUAUCCGGCGUUUUUCCAUGGAUUCUCUCUUAAUAAACUCCCCCUAUACAGCCCUGGGUUCUUCUAACAUUCUUAACUCUAACAUCACUUCUUUCAAUCUUUCUUCUUUUUGGUUUUUCAGAUUCAAAAGACCUAAGAUAUUGAAAACAUCUUCAGUUACUGUUUCAUACUUGAAUCCCCAAAACCCCAAUUCAGAAUGGCAAAAUCAGAGCUCGUACUUAAAACCCUUUUCACUUCUUCUUCCAAUAUUCAAGAAAGUUAAAAACUUUGCAGCAAAGAAUAAAUGGGGCUCUGUUUUUAAAGGUUGUAGUGGCACUGAGAAUGUUCCUGAGGAGCUUAGAGGGGAUUUGUUGCAAAAUGGAAGCUUUGGGAUGGCUCUUUUGAGUAUAACUGCAACAGCUAAAGUGAAGAUAAGUCCAAUUGUAGCUACAUUAGCUGCUAACCCAACGUUUGUUUCGGGGUUUAUAGCCUGGUUUGUGGCACAGUCAAUGAAGGUCUUUUUGAAUUUCUGUGUGGAGAGAAAGUGGGAUUUUAGGAUUAUGUUUGCUUCUGGAGGAAUGCCUUCUUCCCAUUCAGCCUUGUGCACGGCAUUGACUACCUCAGUUGCUAUUUGUCAUGGAGUUGCUGAUUCAUUGUUUCCCGUUUGUUUGGGAUUUACUUUAAUUGUGAUGUAUGAUGCUAUUGGAGUUAGACGGCAUGCCGGGAUGCAAGCAGAGGUUCUCAAUCUGAUUGUUGAGGACUUAUUCCAAGGGCAUCCCAUCAGUCAAAGAAAGCUAAAGGAACUUCUUGGCCACACCCCAUCACAGGUUUUUGCUGGGGCUUUGCUUGGUAUUAUGGUUGCUUGGAUGUGUAGCCAGGGUUGUUUAAUUACAAUCUGAUCAGCUUCAGCAGGUAUACUUGCCAAUAACUAGGAGUUGUCCAUUACAAGAAGCACUCGCUUUUUGUGUGAACAGUUGAGGCCUAUGGUUCAUUCCCAAGUAAAAGGAGAAAAUGUUCUGCAGCCAAUUAAUUUUUUAGCCUUCUGAAUUUGUACUCUAGUGUAUACUCGAAGCUUUUAGGAUUUAGUGAUCUGCUUUUGAUUUUGUCUAUUGCAUAGUACUUGAUUUUCUCAGGUUAGAAAACUUUUAUCAUUGUGGAGAGAGUAUUAUGGGACACUCCACAGAAUCAGAGUGAUUUGUGCCUUUCAAGACUCGUGCUUUUAUUUUCAGUUUGCUUUCAUCUGUAUUCCUCUUUGUAACUGUAUCUAUCUGACUUUGAAGUACAUGAUGAAGAAGAGUGAUUUGCAGUGA